CAAAUUACAAAACAAUAGAAGCAAAACAUUGAAAAAAAAAUGAAUUCGAUAAAUAUUUUAAAAAAUUCAUCAAGAAAAUAUGCAACGCAGUUCUUUGUACCAAAACAUCAAUUGGUAAAGGCAGAAGAUGUGGAAGCAAUUCAAAGGUUCCUGUUUGAUAAACCAAAGGUCUUGGUUGUGACUGGUGCUGGAAUUUCUACGGAAUCUGGAAUUCCUGACUAUCGAUCAGAAGGUGUUGGACUUUACCAACGUUCAAAUCACAAGCCUGUACAAUACCCAGAAUUCAUUCGAUCACAUGAGCUACGGAAACGAUAUUGGGCUAGAAACUUCAUUGGAUGGCCUAAAUUUAGCAGUGUUGAGCCAAACUUGACACAUAUUAAAUUAGCUGAAAUGGAAAAGGAUUCAAAAGUUCUUCACGUUGUGACACAAAAUGUUGAUAACCUUCAUGCGAAGGCUGGAAGUAAGGCAGUUACUGAGCUGCAUGGUAAUGGCUACAAAGUGAUAUGCAUUGGACAUAAUGGAAAGGAUAGAUGUGGAUAUUCGAUACCCAGACACGACUUUCAACAAAUUCUAGAAUCAUUUAAUCAAGAAUUAAGGGAUAAAGCAGACACAUUUAAAGCUCAAAGUUUUCGACCUGAUGGGGAUGUUGAAAUUUCCAAUGAGGAUAUUAAAAAGUUUUAUUUACCUCAAUGCCCUCAAUGCCUAGGUGACCUGAAGCCAAACAUCGUAUUUUUUGGUGACAAUAUUCCAAUGACUAGGAUCGAAGAAGUUGUCAGACUGAUCAUCAAUUCUGAUGGAAUUUUAGUUCUUGGAUCGAGUCUUCAAGUGUUCAGUGGAUAUAGAAUAAUUUUGCAGGCUAAAGAACUUGGUCUUCCGGUAGCUAUUGUUAACAUUGGAACUACAAGAGCUGAUCAUCUGGCUGAUCUGAAAAUUAGUGUUAAAUGCAGCGAUAUUAUGAAGGAAUUGUGAAAUUAGAGGUUAAGUCGUAUAUAAGCUGUUAAAUUAAAAUAUAUUUGAUCAGUGAUGGGCAACCCGUGUGCCGCGAUACACUAGUGUGCCAUGAAAAAAGUUGUGGAUAUCCAACGAAUCGUAUGCCUACCACUAAGUGUGCCGUGGCACAAAAAAGGUUGGACACCACUGUAUUAGAUGAAUGAACAUUGAUAAGCAAUUGUAAAUGAAGUAAAUCAACUUUAUGUUCUCGAGAAUAAAUGCUUUAAAAUUUUAUUUGAC